AUGCGGAGAGGUGCCCUGUGCGCCACACUAAAAGCUUCAACAGCAAGUCCUCCGUCGCCGCAGAUGCCCCGGGUUCACAGCCCGUGUGCAGAUUCUCCCUCCCGGCUCCCGGUUCUUCCACAAGGGGCGCUCUCGGUCCCGCCAGCCUGGUGCCUGCCCUGUGCUAGAGCCUGCCGUGGCUCCCCGCUGCCCUCAGCACCCCCUGGUCCCCACUCCACCCACACCAGCCUCCUCGGGCCAGAGCCCCGGGCGCUUCAGGCCCAGCUGGAAGCCCCCGCUCAGCCUCUGUGCAGCUGCCAGGCUGUCUGUCCGUCCGCUGACCACCAGGCCGUCCAUGUCACCCACACAGAAGGGACAAUUGGCUUUGAGAGCCUGGAUUUCUGGGGUGCACACAGCUCCCGGCCACCAGGGGAGGAGGAGGAAGACGAACAGAAACGAUGGGGCGGCGAUGCCAAUGCCCCCAGCUCUGGAGGCCGGAAGUCCAACCCCGAGGCUCGGAGGCUGCAGGGGCCCCUUCCCGGCUCCGGUCUGUGGCUCCCGAGCUCCGUGGCUGGUAGAUGCGCCGUGCCACCUCCACCCCUCAUCCCGGGCCCUGUCCCGGGUGCCCCGGCCCAGGGCGUGCGUGGGGUGCGCGGGGGGACCUUCCCCAGCAGCCACGCCUGUUUGCGGAUCGCACCGAGUGAGCGCCGGCUGUGUACCCGCGAGGCCGGCAGUGCCCUUGGCCGGAAGUCGUGGUCCCCUGCAGGCCCCUGUCACUGCCCGGGCCGGGACCCUCCCCCUGGCCCCUCGUCCGCGUCACCGUGUCCCCCUGAACGGCCCACCCGCCGCGCUGUUCCGGGCGCCACCGUCCAGCACUGCGCUCCCGCGGGCCGCGGCACCCAGAUGGCACCAUGGCCCCCGCCCCGGCAUCGCCACGUUCUGGCCGCUCCGGCGGGAGGAAGCCCACUGCUUCCGGCUCCGGGCGCCCACGGGCCACCCCACGCGGGACCACGCCCGGCGGUGACGUCAGGUGGCGAGACCGUGACGCCACAGAGGCGGCAGGGCGGUGCCCGGGUCCCCUAUGGCCCCAGAGCGGCCGCAAAGCACGGCGCCUGUCGCGCGGCGUCACUCGACGUCGCAAAGCGGCCGGCGGGCCGGUGCGGCCCCGCCCAGCGCUGGGACGUCACGGCCUCGGCCCCGUGGACGGCGCCUGCGCACUGGGCCGCGCACGGCCGCCGCCCCCCGCUGGCCGACGCUGGCGGCGUAAACGCGCGGGCCCCUGUGGCGGCGCGGCGGCGCUGCGGGACGCGGCUGCGGGAGCCCGGGACGCGGGCGGCGCGGGACGGCGGCGGGGGACGGCGGCCCCCGCCCCGAACAUGCGGAGGCCCGCUGGGGCGGCGGCGGCGGCGCGGGAGCGGGGGCCGGAGCCGGAGCGGGAGCGCGAGCGGGGCCCGGAGCGGGGGCCGCGCCGCUGAGGCGAGCCCGGGCCGCGGAGCCACGGCCGCGGCGGAGGCCCAGAGCCCCGCGGACCGCCGCCCCUCACCCGGGCCCGAGCCCCGCGGACCCCCGCUCCUCGCCCGGGUCCCAGCCCCGCGGACCCCUCGCCCCUCACCCGGGUCCCAGCCCCGCGGACCGCCGCCCCUCACCCGGGCCCCAGCCCCGCGGACCCCCGCCCCUCACCCGGGCCCGAGCCUCCAGCCCCGCGGACCCCGCUCCUCGCCCGGGUCCCAGCCCUGCUUACCCCUCGCCCCUCACCGGGUCCCAGCCCCGCGGACCCCCCGCUCCUCGCCCGGGCCCCAGCCCUGA